UACUAUACUAUGCUUAAAAACUAGCUACCCGGCCGAGUCUUAGAAUUAUAUAUAAACUUUGUUUUCUUGAUCAUCGAUCAGCUCGUGGAUAGAAUAUAUAAUUAAAAUGAUCGCUUCAUCUCUCUUUGCAUUUUUCUUCUUCUUCUUCUUCAUUGCUUCUUGUUUCUCCGAGAAAGCGCCAUAUACCUCGUUCGCUAAGAAUGCAACGUUUGCUCCGGCGACAGAAUUCUUCGAUUACAUCGUCAUCGGCGGUGGAACCGCGGGGUGUGCGUUAGCUGCGACGCUGUCGGCGGGGGCUAAAGUUUUGCUGUUAGAAAGGGGUGGUUUGCCGUAUGGAAACCCUAACAUAACCAGCAUUAAUGGGUUUGCGAGAACGCUUGCGGACACAUCUCCGGACUCGGCCUCCCAGCUGUUCGUGUCGAGCGACGGCGUUUUCAACCACCGGGCCCGCGUGUUGGGCGGCGGGUCGUGCUUGAACGCCGGGUUCUACACGCGGGCGAGCAAGGCGUACGUUGACAACGUGGGGUGGGAUGAGGCGCUGGUGAAUGAAUCGUAUGAUUGGGUGGAGAGGAAAGUAGCGUUUAAGCCCCCGAUGUUGGCGUGGCAGUCGGCGGUGAGAGACGGGUUGAUUGAAGCGGGGGUGUUACCGUACAAUGGUUUCACGUACGAACAUUUGUACGGGACUAAGGUUGGCGGAACAAUCUUUGAUGAAAACGGAUAUAGACACACGGCAGCCGAUUUGUUGGAGUAUGCUGACCCCACCAAAAUCACUGUCUACUUAUAUGCAACUGUGCAUAAAAUCUUCUUCCAGAAAGAAGAAGAACCCAAAGCUUACGCUGUGUUAUACAAAGACAGCGGCGGGAACCGGCACAUAGCUUACCUAAACGACGGACCGAAGAAUGAGAUCAUCCUGUCGGCGGGAGCACUGGGAAGCCCACAGUUAUUGAUGUUAAGCGGCAUAGGAGCGGCCCAACAGCUAAAAGCACAUAAGAUUCCGGUGGUCAUGAAUCAGGCGAUGGUGGGUCAGGGGAUGUCUGAUAAUCCAAUGAAUGCAGUGUUUAUUCCUUCCCCCCACCCCGUCGAGGUUUCGCUGAUUCAGGUUGUGGGCAUCACAAAAUUCGACAGCUACAUAGAAGCAGCCAGCGGUUCCCUGGAAUUGGCAUGGAUGCAUAGAAUGGUAUCUGACUUCGAAAGAUUAGCAAAUCAGAGCAGCCGGCAUUUCUUGGGCGGGGGCAACUUGAGCUUCUUCGCAGACGCAGCAGUAAAAAGAAAAAGUAUAAAGACAUACUUGGGUGGGGGGGCGAGUGUGCAGGCGGGGAUAAUCCUAGAAAAAGUUGCAGGCCCAUACUCAACAGGCAAUCUAGAGCUUCGAAGCAAGGAUCCUAGCGAGAACCCAAAGGUGACCUUCAACUACUUCAAAGACCCACGGGAUCUGCAGAGAUGCGUUGAAGGCAUAGAGAUUAUAGCAAAGGUUAUAGAGUCAAGACCUUUCUCCAAGUUCCGGUACCCUCUCGCCCACGCCCGGGCUCUCAUCGAUGCUAUGCUCACGCUUCCCCUCAACCUCAGACCUAAACAUGUCAGCGCCACCUUUUCCUUGGAGCAGUUUUGCAAAGACACCGUCAUGACCAUAUGGCACUACCAUGGCGGCUGCCAAGUUAAUAGAGUCGUCGAUAAAGACUACAAGGUUAUCGGAGUCAAGGCACUGCGCGUCGUCGAUGGCUCCACCUUUAUUAACUCCCCCGGAACCAAUCCUCAAGCUACUGUUAUGAUGCUGGGAAGGUCGGUGAUCAUCAUAUCAUAUCAUAUCCAUCUCAUCUUCCACUCACUCUUCUUCAAUUCACCAUACUUUAUAUUAUUAGUAUGGUUUAUAUAUAUAAUAAAUUACUAAACUAUGUAUGUAUGUAUGUAUUAUGUAAUGCAGGUAUGUGGGGCGCAAAAUCAUGGUUGAUAGAGCACCCCUUGGAUAGGAUAGGAAGUACCUUGCUUGAAUUGCUAUAUAUGUGAAUGGACGGUCAUGAUUCUUAGAUUUUGCAAAUUGUAUCUCAUCUCUC